UACAAGACGAAGAAGAUAGGUCGACGCAAACACGAUGUCGUUUUGAAAUCUAUUCACACUGUUCUCUCUUAUCAACAGAUUCAGAAAUUAGCACCCGACUCGGGCUCCGUUUCAAUGUUGGCCGCGACGCCUGCUCAUGGACUCAGGUACGUGGUGGUGCCCACACGCUCAUGGCUUCAUAGGUUUCGAUGCUGCUCGUCUUCUCUCGCUCCUCUCUCCCCUUCUGAAUUCUCGGGCGGUAAUAAAGCCCAGAAGAAGCUCAACGACGAGAACAACACCAACGUAAGCAAUGAGAAAACGGCGCCGUAUUAUCCGAAACGAGGAGAAACAGUGGAGCUUGUGUGCGAGAGUUUAGGAUUCAAAGGCAAAGGAAUCUGUAAAGUUGAUGGAACUGGCUACGUCGUUAUGUGUGACCGAGCUCUUCCCGGCGAACGUUUUCUUGGCCGUGUCACUCGCCGCAAAGGCAGCUAUGCUGAAGUGACAAAAAUGAAGACAAUAUCUCCACAUAAGGACUUAGUAGAAGCUCCAUGUGAGUAUGCAUCUUACUGUGGUGGUUGCAAAACUCAGAAUCUCUCUUAUGAAGCUCAGCUUAGAGCUAAAGAAGAGCAAGUUCAUGAGCUUAUCAGACAUGUUGGAAGGUUUUCUGAUAACAAUCCUGGCCUUGAGAUUGUCUUGAAGCCUAUUGUUGCUUGCGAUAUUCAAUUCCAUUAUCGGAAUAAGAUGGAGUUUUCAUUUGGUCCACAAAGAUGGCUUCCGAUUGAAAUGUUAAACGAGAGACAAGAUGGUCCUAAGAACUUUGCAUUGGGGCUCCAUGCACCUGGAUUUUUUGAUAAGGUUUUAAAUGUUGAUAAGUGCUUAUUACAGAGCGAGCCAGGAAACUUGGUUCUUGCUGCUGUCCAAGAUUGCUGGAGAGAUCCUGAAUUAAGUCUUUCACCAUAUGAUUGUCGUUCACAUGUUGGGUUUCUUAAACAUUUGAUGCUGAGAACUGGAAGGAAUGUGGAGACUGGUUCACUAGAACUUAUGGUCAAUUUUGUGACAUCGUCUUAUAAGCCAGAGCUGUUGAAACCCCUGGUUGAUAGGAUUUCAUCAAUUCCUCAAGUGGUAAGCAUUAUGAAUAAUGUAAAUUCUUCGGUAGGAAACACAUCCGUUGGCGAAAAGGAAUAUACUCUUUAUGGGAAGGAUACAAUCACAGAGGUCUUAAGAGGGCUUACAUUUCAAAUUUCAGCCAACUCUUUCUUUCAGACUAACACUCAUCAGGCUGAAGUUUUAUAUAAGCUUAUUGAGGAAUCUGCUGGACUUAAAGGAGAUGGCUCAGAAGUCGUGCUCGAUCUUUUCUGUGGAACUGGUACCAUAGGCCUUACACUUGCCAGAAGGGCGAAACACGUGUAUGGUUAUGAAGUAGUACCACAAGCAAUAACAGAUGCACACAAGAAUGCCCAAAUAAACGGCAUAGAGAAUGCAACAUUCAUCCAAGGGGAUCUAAACAAAAUAGGAGAAGAUUUUGGGAACAAUUUCCCUAAGCCUGAUAUCGUUAUUUCUGAUCCCAAUCGACCUGGUAUGCACAUGAAGUUGAUCAAGUUUCUGCUAAAGCUUAAAUCUCCACGGAUCAUUUAUGUUUCCUGUAAUCCUGCAACCUGCGCCAGGGAUCUCGAUUACCUCUGUCACGGCGUGGAGGAGAAGAAUCUAAAAGGUUGCUACAAACUGAUGAGUGUUCAGCCAGUGGAUAUGUUCCCUCACACUCCUCACAUCGAAUGUGUCUGCUUGUUAGAGCUUGCUUGAGCUCUAUUGUCACCAUGGCUGCUUCAUUUGGUCUCUAAUCAGAUGAGAGACAAAUGAAAACAGAGAUUUUUUUAGAUUGAGGGAGUUUUGGUUUUCCAUUAGAGUUAAGUAUCUGUAAUCUUUUUCAUCGAGUUCUUUAAUAGCAUUCAUAGACAAGAAUGUAAACGUUUUUUAAAAAGUUAAAAUCCCACCAAGGCAAGUGGUCUUUAAGAGUUAAGAUCCUGAUAAGAGAAUUUUAUUAAAAACAAUCACUAAAUGGAUCUGCUUGUACAAGUUUCAUGACUUCUCAACAUCUUUUGAAAUAAGACAAUUUCACUAUGAAUGAUUAAACGAAUGUGGACCUAAAUCAAUGUAAAAUGAGUGCAUAUCAAUCUUCCCAUAAGCUUUCUUCAUCUAUGUCUUAAUCUUGUUUUCUCGAGCUAAGUUGACGAGCAUAAGCCGCGACACGCUUUGCCCACUUAACGAUCUCUGCCUUGAGUAUUUUGGAAUCCAUACGGUUCAACGAUGAUGGUUUCUUCUUCUCUCCCGUUGAUGACUCCAAGAACGAGAAUGACAAGCAUCGAUUAUAAUGACUCGACUUGGGGCUUCCAUUGUUCUUGCUCUCCAAAGCCCGUUUCUUUACAGACAUGUCAAAAAGAUCUCCCAAGUUUUGUAAAGUAUGAGUUAGAAAGAGACUUUUAAUAGAGACAGACGCAGACAAAAGAAAGCGAGUCUUACAAGUUAUUAGACUUCAUGUUAGUUAGGGUAAAAGACGUGCAACCUAAGCAUGUUGGUUUCGUUGACGUUUGACUUUGUCAACGCAUAUUCUUCUCUUCUCUUUUCUUCGUAAAUGGUAUCUUUGUUUUCAUUCUCUUUUCAAUUAAAACUUGUGUCAUUUGACUUUUCUUUGAUCUGUACCAUUUGGACCGAGUUUGG